GCUGGCAGCACCUCGGGCAGGCAGGCUGCGAGCCUGUGCGUGCGCGCGGGGCAGGGGGAGACCCGGCUCCUUCCGGCUGUGCACCGCUGGGGGGCCCAGUCUAGGUCCUUUUCCCAGUGGGCCGGUGUGGGGAAAGGCAGGGGUGUUCCCCCUUCCCCUCUCCUUGCAGGAGGAAAUGAGCAGCAGGCGACGCCGAGAUGGAACUGAAUUGGAACACUGGCAGAAACCCUCGUCCAGGUUCAGCCACAAUUCGAGUGACUGACAUGGGUUGGCAAGGUCUUCUGAAUCCCUGUCCAUUGAUUAAAGAUGAUGGAGAGCUAUUUAUGGAUGAAUACCUUUCCCCCAGUAAAUUGAAAGCACUGACAGGGGUGGAUGAUCUGCGACAGGUGAAGGCCCUAGAGAUGCGUGUAGACACAAGAGAGAACAGCUUGGGAAACUUUGGUGCCUAUCUUCCUAGUCUGAGGCAAUUGAAAUUGAACAACAGCUUGCUUGCGUCUGUGAGGGACCUUGGAACGACAUUGUCCCAUCUUCAAGUCCUAUGGAUGGCUCGUUGUGGGCUCACAGAUUUGGAUGGAAUUUCUUCCUCCAGCUCUCUUAAGGAACUCUAUAUCGCCUAUAACCAUAUUUCUGACCUGAGCCAAGUGUGCUUGCUAGAUCAUCUUGAGAUUCUGGACCUGGAAGGAAACAAUAUUGAAGACAUUAACCAGAUUCAGUACCUGGGACUUUGUAGCAAACUGAGUAGUCUCACAGUGGAGGGGAACCUUAUUUGCCUGAAGCCAAGCCCAGAAUCUUCAGAGGUACCAGACUAUAAUUACAGAGCUGAAGUGAAAAAACUCAUCCCCCACUUAAAAUAUUUGGAUGAAGUCCCAGCAAGUCAAGUGGCUAUCCCUGCCUCCAGGAAGAUGAGCAAGGACUGGCUAAUUGUGAAGGAUUCUAUUAAGGAGGGUGGCUUGGCAGAAGAUAUUUCUGGAUUAGAUUCUUACCUAGGGGAAACAACAAGAAGGCCGGGCUCUGAUCCAAGACCUGCUACAGCUCACUUCACACCAGCUUCCCAACUCUGGACCUUGCAGAGGCCUACUAGUGCAGGGAGAUGUAGCGAUGCCCAUCUGCUAUCCAGUGGCAGUCCUGUUCCAGAAUUCAGUGGCUCUGAUGAGGUCUUCCCAGAAGACAACUCCAGUGACCUGACACAUGGAAUCAGCCAAGUGAUAUGCGGGAACCCUAUCAAGGCCCUUCAUGCACGGAGACAAAAGCUAGGUCCUUUAGCAACAAACCCAUUCAAGCUGCAUGGUCACAGGGUGGAACAUUCCUAUGAUUCUGGAGAAGGUGAGGUCCAGAGCCGUGAAGAUGUCUUUGCUGAGUUGAAGGCAUGGAGAGAGCAGCAUAAACGGCGCCUACAAAUCAUUCAGACGGAGAAGGCCCCUCAGGUGCUGAAGAUAACACACAGUGAUGAGGAGGAGGAGGAUGAAUGCAGCCUGAGUGACAGCUGUGAGGAUGAGUUGAGAGAGAUUUGUGAUGAGGACCUCACUGAAAAGAUUUCACUGGAUUCCUCCUGCCAGUCUCGUCUUUAUCAGUCCUCCUCAGAUUCAUUGCACGCUCUGGAAAGUGGGCUGUCAUCCAGGCUGAACUUCUGCCUAGUGCCCUCACCUCCCAAGUGUCCUUCUCCCGCCUCCAUGCAGAGCCUGGAUGCCAAACCCUCGAAAGUUAGGGACAUCCGAGUCCGGCGCCUGAAAAUUCCCAAUCCAAAAGAGCAAGUGCAGGUGAUGCAGCGCUGCCUGUCGAGGGCUAGCUCAGAGACAGCAGCCCAGCUGGUGGGUGAGCAGCUUGCGGGUCUGAGUGAGCGCAGCGCCUCUUCUGCAUGUGAAUCAUCAUCAGCAAGAGCAGAAGGGAGGCACAACACUGACAAGAGUUUCAGCUGCCAGCCCAGGAGGCCUGUUUCAGGACCAGCAGCUGUCGGAUCAACAAUUGUCAGGUCCAUUGUGGACAAGAGUCCAUCCAAAGUAAUCACCCCUCACCAGCCUGUGGUCCGCUCAUCCAUGAAAACCCCAGAGAGGUUUGGGCUGAAGAAUGCUGUUCAUCCUCUGACUGCUCGGGCUGCACUGCAGAGGUUGCCAAGCAAACCCAGUGUGUCCAUGGCAGCUCCACACCAGACUCCAGAGUCGUAGCAAACAUCCCAUGUAGCCACAUCUGUCAGAGCCUGUCUGAUAAGACCACACCACUCAGCAGGUGCUGGUAUUCCUCAUGCUUAAUACCAGCAGUGCAGAAGCUGUAUUCGGACUUCUCCUGAGAGCUGAUUGCAUUGCUAGAGCUGUCAAACAGAGCACUUUGUGCUAACGGAAGAUUGGCUUCAAUGAAGGCUACAACUGGUUAGAAACUUUUUCCUUGAAAGAACACCCUCUAAUCAACAAUACAUCCACCCCUUAUUAAACCAAAAGCAACUGAUUUGUACAGCCUGCGUGCAUGGAAAUGAAACAAGACUUAGCUUCUUGGUAGUGAUGCCCAACUAUGAUGGGAGAGUCUGCAGUGAUGCUGUGUGAGGCAGGGUUUGGAGUUUGCAGUCCCCUGGACUCAAGGAGUGAGGAAGAAGUGCCAUAAGGCCCUCCAUGUUCACUCACAUGGUCAGCCUGAAGUCCCAUAAACAGGCCUUUUACACAUAAUACAUAAGUUAAUGAACUGAGGGUGACACGAAGAUGUGCUAAAAAUGACUGCAUUGCAAAUGAGCAGGUGUGUUCCCUAUAUUCCAGGGAAAGGAGAAUCCAGCUUGUGGGAAGAUGAUGUGAUUUUUAUAGCUAACUUCUGUUCCCCAUUGGCCUGUAUGAGUUCAGUCUGUUUGCAAUCAUUCCUUGUUCCCAUCAAGUAUGGGAAAGAAUACUAAGAAUGUGCCGCACUGGAACUUUAAUUCAUCAGCCUGUCCUCUCUCUGCUCUGGAGCAACUCUCAGCACUGAUCUUCUGUGGAUAGGCAUCACAUGUCAGACUUUUGCUAGUGCUGAUGACCUCUGGAAGCUGGUUUUGUUGUGUUCAAGUGGCUCCCAGCCAAACUUUUUGUCUCCCUGGUGUUUUAGAGAGAAUGAGUGAUAAGCAAAUGAAUAUUCAGAAUCAAAUAUUCCCCUCCUUUUCAUUCAGAUCAAUUACAUUUUCCAAAUUCAAAGACUGAAUUACUUUAAAUGAUUCACCAGCAAAGCUGAGCCAGGUAGGGAAGGAGCUUUUCUUGUUUUUCACAGACUAUUUGUUUUAGAUUGGAGUGAGAUGUAGAACACUGAGCUGGUUUAAGUGACCGCAAACUGUGAUGUAGGUAUGUACAACUAUGGUGCAGAACCUUAAUGAUGCCAAGCGUUCCAAUGUCAAGCAUCAUAAAACCUUGUCUUUUUUAGUUGCGAAGUCAUAUGUUACAGAUAUUUUCUGGAAAGCAGUGUAUAAUACAUGAAUUAUGCAAUUA